AUGCAUAGUCUUGAAGCGGAUCCGGCAGCUGCCUUGGCGUCAUUCAGCCAGCUAUGCACCGAACAAGGCUUGUUAAAACGACCGAGCGAAUUAGGUGAAAGCGAUGUUGUUGACGGAAUCAACGAUGACACGGCUCUGCUACGCUUUCUCCAAGCACGGGCAAUGAAGCCACACGAUGCUCUCAAGCAGUUCCAAGAAGCAACGGCAUUCCACGCGGAGAAAAGCGUGCAUGCGUUUUACAGUGUCAUUUCUGUAGACGAUUAUGAAGAUUCAAGGCGAUUAUACCCCCACUGGACUGGCCGUCGCGACAAACAAGGCCAACCCAUCACAAUGAUCGACCUAGCUCAUAUAAAAAGCGAAGCCAUGACUCGAUGGAGAGAAACCCGCAAUUUACCAUGUGGGGAUGCAUCAGCGACGUCAUCUCCGGAUAUGGCACAGCGAGCGUGUGUUUUUCAAGACGGCCUGACACGGUUCAUUUUGCCACUCUGCACGGCGAUGACUGAUCGGCCAGACAGUUCUCUUCCAGUGACUAAAACGACUUGUCUGGUUGAUGCGUCUGCGCUAUCGUUGAAGCAGGCAUGGGAUAUGAGGGACUAUGCCCAGGAGGUUAGCUGGAUUUUAUCGACGUGCUAUCCUGAGACGAUUAGCCGUAUUAUUGUGUGCAACGCCCCUCCCUCGUUCGCCAUGAUCUGGAAUGUUGUAAAAGGCUUCGUAGAUCCGCGAACAGCGGAAAAACUGGUCAUUUUGAAAUCCGCUCAGGUGUACUCCACGUUGGAAAAGUGCAUGGAUCACAUCAACAUUCCCAAACAGUUUGGAGGCGAAUUUGUCUUUCAAAAUGGCAUGCUUCCUGAUCUCGAUGAGGGCAUUCGUCAGACUCUAUUCUGGGUUGGUUCAAAGAACUGUCUGCCUCCUGGACCGCUCAAGUGGGUCCAAGAUGGGGAGAAUAGAAAGGCAAUUGCGACUGGGACUGUCGGGGGUAUUGAAAGAGCCGAAGAAAUUGCUGUUCUGAAGAAAUCAGGGUAA